AUGCCCCUCCACGUGAGCCUCGCCAACGGCAACCGGGACCUGGACUACGACUCGGUGCAGCCAUACUUCAUGUGCGACGAUGAGGAGGAGGACGUGCACCAGCAGCCGCCGCAGCCCCCCGCGCCCAGCGAGGACAUCUGGAAGAAAUUCGAGCUGCUGCCCACGCCGCGCCCGUCCCCGGGCCACGCCGGGCUCUACUCACUACCCAGCGAUGCGGUCGCCGCGUCUUUCUCCCCCAGGGAACACAACGAUGACAGCUUGUUCACCACAGACCUGUUGGAGAUGGUGCCCGAGCUGCCAGGAGGAGACGCAGUGAAGCACAGCUUCGUCUGCGACCCGGACGACGAGACGUUCGUGAAGAACAUUAUCCUGCAGGACUGUAUGUGGAAUGGCUUCUCGGCCUCUGCCAAGCUGGUCUCCAAGCUGGACCCCUACCAGACUGUGCGCAAAGAAGGCGCCAGUGCGAGCCCGGCCGCGGACACUGAGCCUGCGACGCCUCCAGACUGCACCUGCAACACCUGA